AUGCAUACUUUAGCCCUUCCAAUUCAAAAUGCAGUAAGGCACACAGUAAUGCAUGUAGUUCAGAUUAAAUUAUUUACUGCAUAUUUAAGUGCUAAAAUUUCUUAGAGAUCACAUACAUGGCUGGGUAGAAAGGGGCAGGGAGGGCUGUAGCCCCUCCCCCUCCCCCUUCCCCAUCAAAUACAUCCCUUGAUAAAUAUUUCGGGAGCACAGCCUCCACCUUUUGGUGCCGAAGCAAGGUGAAAUGAUCUACGUUGUUACCAGUGCCUUUACUUUGAGACUGGCUGUGAACUCUAACAGAAUGGAAAUAAAUCUUUCACAAAUCUACUAUAGCCCUAAACACUUUUGGAUGGAUUGCCUGCGUUUAUGAAGUUGGAGAAGCUGGAGUGUCUGAUGACAUCAAAAAGCUUUGACUGAUGAAGCAAGCCAUCUUGCAGAUUUAUUUGCCUGCACCUAAACAUAUGGCAAGACCAACUCUUGAUGUGCCAUUCCCAAAUGUAGUUCAUCAAGCUUAAGAUUUUUGCCCUUCUCAUGACAGGCUCCUGAAAGGGAGGAAAGUCUAUAAAUAUGCAUUAAAAAUUGUUGAUGUUUCCUCCCACCUCAAAGGAUUCUACUGAGGUGUUAAGAGCUUUUCAGAUAAUUUAUGAGUAUGUACCACGCAGGUGGCCUAAUGAUCUUCAACUUGCUUCUGGGCAUGAAUUCACGGUUGAACUCACAAGGGGGAUGGCAAAACACGGUGUAAGGAUAAGAAGAGGAAAUGUGAACGUUCCUAGGUAUCAGGGAAUCAUUGCAUAAUUCAAUUGAUUCUUAGGUCAGCAUCUCUUCACUCUCUCUCUCUUUUCACUCUCUCUCUCCUCACUCACACUUCAUCUUCACUCUCCUAUACAGUCCAGAGAUGAAUUUCAUAUCUACCAAAUGGGUGAAGAGGCUUCCAGUAGUUGUUUCACUGUUGAAUAGUCAAGCAACCACGUUCACUGAUAAUUUAUGAGUGUGUACCAUGCAGAUGGCCUAAUAUUCAAGUUGAUCCCGGGCACAAAUUCAUGGUUCAAGUCACAAGAGAGAUGGCAAAGCAUGGCGUAAGAAUAAGAAGAGGAAAUGUGAACAUUCAUUCAUAUGGGCCCAGGGAAUUGUCGAGCGAUCCAAUCAAACUUUAGGUGAGCUUCUCUUCACUCUCCAAUACAGUCCAGAGAUAAAUUUCAUAUCUGGAAAGAGAUCAACCAAAUGGGUGAAGAGGCUUCCAGAAGUUGUUUCACCUUUGAAUGGUCAAGUGACCAAGUUGACUGAAAAGAAACCUGUUGACGCAAUCAGAGAGAAGGUGGUU